CAUCAGUAUGUGCAGUCACUCAAGAGUCAGAGUCAGAAACACGUCACUCACAUUACGUGCGUGUGGCAGGCAGGCAGGCAGGCAGGCAGGUAGGCAGACAGCUAUCGACAGGCACACGACACGUGGCAAACAACCAUGUCCCCCUCCCCGUGAUGUGCCAGGGCACUCACUCAGUCAAGGCCGGGCAUCCACCAAACUAGAGGGCAGGCAGGCAGGCAGAGCAGCCAGCAAAAGAGAGGCAAACAGGUCCGUCUGUCCGGCUACUCACUCUACACCGUCCAUGUCGACCUCGUCCGUCUCAGCGUCCGCACCUUCCUGCAGCUCACCUUCAGCAUCAGCCAGCUGCUCGGCAUUACUCUCGGCAUCAUCAUCGUCCUGCUCUUGCUCCAUACCGCCUUCAUCGUCGUCAUCACCGAUCUCCUGGCCCUCGGCGUCCUCACCAACCUCCUCCUCGUCUAGACGCGCACAAAGAGGCGGGCCACAUGUGCCUCUCUGUCUGUCUGUCUGUGAGCCCUCCCCUCCCCUCCCUCCGACCUUGGUCGUCAGCUUCGCUGAGGUCCUUCUCGUCGCCCAUAUCUUCCGGUAUGUCAUAUCUGUUGAUGGGCGUCCCCACAGCGGGCGGCACGGGCACCGCCCGGUCGAUGUCACGGUCAGACGUGGAGAACGGAUGCUGCUGCUGCUGCUGCAGGGUCGUCAUCCCCACACCGCCGCCCAUCACACCCCUGUUCAUCAUGGCUCCUUGGUCGAAGGUGCGGUCGGACGCCGACAUGGCCCUCAGCCUGCCGCUGUGCGGGAACGGGACGUAUCUCACCGGGUUCGGAUUUGGCCGGGCCGACGCUGGGGAGUGGGUGGCGACAGCCAGGCAGCAGAAGAACAACGCAACGGAAAAGAAGCGCAUCGUCGCUUGGAGAUUCGUGAAGGGGGAAGGAGAGAGCCGCUUUUUCCCCGGACCGUUCCG